UACCAUGGUAGAUGAAACUGUGGAGGAAGAGGCUGCAAACAUGAACGAGGUUCUUGACCCUGCAGUAAAUGAAACUGUGGAGGAAGAGGCCACAAAUAUGAACGAGAUUUCUGAUGCUGCUGCUGACGGUGAUGAUGGUGGCAGGCCUGACAGUGAUUUCGGUGAAGGGAAUGCACAGAUUGACACCUGCCCUGAUUCUGCUGCUGCCCCCACAGGCAACUAUGUGGUGGAAGAAGAUGCUGCUCAAAUGGAUGAGUGCCCUAGGAUGGACGCUGCUGCUGCCAACGCUGAUGAAGAUGUGGAGGAAGAGGAUGCAGCCGCCUCUGCUGAUGAAGCUAUGGAGGAAGAGGAUGCAGCUGCCUCUGCUGAUGAAGCUGUGGAGGAAGAGGAUGCAGCUGCCUCCGCUGAUGAUGCUGCGGAGGAAGAGGAUGCAGCCGCCUCCGCUGAUGAUGCUGCGGAAGAAGAGGAUGCGGACAUGAAUGAGGUUCCCAAUACUGCCACCGCCGCCAGUGAUGGCGGAGAUGGCGAAGAAGAGACACAGAUUGAGGAGUGCCCUGAUUCUGCCGUUGCCGCCACGGAUGAAGCUGAGGAAGAGGCUGCGCAGAUGGAUGAUGGGGACGAUGAGCCCCCUCCAGUGGUUGUGAGGAGAGGUGGAGGGCGGCGGAAGAGGGGCCGCCAGCCGAGGGCUCAGGUUGCAAGGACCCCAGGCAAAAGGAAGGAGAAGGAUGGUGAAGAAGUAUGCUUCAUUUGCUUUGAUGGAGGUGAUCUUGUAGUCUGUGAUCGCAGGGGUUGUCCAAAGGUUUAUCACCCUUCAUGUGUUAAUAGGGAUGAGGCCUUUUUCCGAGCAAAGGGUCGGUGGAACUGCGGUAUGGCUUGCUCUCUUUGUUGUAGUUUCAUUUUGCAUUCUAUUUUAAUAUUAGUGUUCAUGCAUAGGAUGAUAAAGUGCUUCCUAAAUUGAUAUGAGCUAUUUUGGUCAGAAUUUGAUAUUGA